GGACUAGAAUCUAUGUGUUUAUUACUUCAUGUACAAAUCUCUAUUAAGUCAUUAUAGAUACAGUAGUACAAGUAUCCUCACAUCUCACAGACAGAUCCGGAGACGGAAUAUCGCAUCCCGAAAAAAAAAGAGUCGAGUCUGGACCCCUCCUCCAUGCGCGCUUCGGCAGGUCCCAGAAACCCAUGGUGCUACACGGCACAACAUUCAAUCAAGCUGAAGCAAAGGCCCGAUCAAAAUUAUAUAUCCACAACCUACCCGCACCUCAAUAAGAUCCCGUAUCAAAAAAACAACAAGACUCUUUCGUCAUCAUUUAUUCCAGAAGGCCGUCUUCCAUUUUUUUGUGGGCAGCGCCACGUGGGAAUCGAGCGUUUCGGACGAACAGCGCAUGCUAAUUGGGUUGGGGCUCCUCGCUCGGACUGUCUGAGCACAGCGCAGGCUAGAGAAUUACAGAGACGGACGGGGUUGAAUGGGUUGUUGAGAGAAGUGAGGUGUGUAUUCGCAGGCUGUUUAUUGUUUGAACGGACGGAACUGGAUCAAAGAGCCGAGAAAACGACACUCCAUCCAUCCCCGCCGCGGCCACACACGACGGAGAUUGUGAGAUAGUAUUGGGGGUUUGGGACCUGAAUCAGGAAGGACAAGGAAGGGCUGGUCCUCUUCUGCGAGUCGCGCGCAACGGGAAAUACGGUACACACAUUGGGAAGAGGAUUACAAGAGAGAGUUCUGCGGUGUUCAACUCGAGCCGUGGACAGGGCGUCAACCUCAAGAGAUCAUCUCGACACAUACCUGGUCGCCGGGUGUGUGCAAGGGCCGAUCGAGCCUAGGUAGGAGCCUAGCAGCCUAGCAAACGGAG